AUGCAGGUUCAGGAGAUCCAUCGUCGAUAUGAAAAUGCUCCUGACACAGCUAAGACAAAGGCUCUGCAAACUGUUAUUGAAAUGAAGGAUUCAAAAAUUUCUUCCAUGGAGCGUGGCCUCCGGGAUUUGGAAGAGGAAAUUCAGAUGCUGAAGUCUAAUGGAGCUCUGAGCACAGAGGAACGUGAAGAGGAAAUGAAGCAAAUGGAGGUGUACCGUAGUCAUUCCAAAUUCAUGAAAAAUAAGAUCGGUCAGGUGAAACAGGAGCUAUCACGCAAAGACACUGAGUUGCUGGCCUUGCAGACAAAGCUGGAGACCCUCACAAAUCAGUUCUCUGACAGCAAGCAGCAUAUUGAAGUUCUUAAAGAGUCUCUUACAGCUAAAGAGCAAAGAGCUGCCAUCCUGCAGACAGAGGUGGAUGCAUUACGAUUACGCCUGGAAGAGAAGGAAACUAUGCUAAAUAAGAAGACAAAGCAGAUUCAGGAGAUGGCAGAGGAGAAGGGGACUCAAGCAGGAGAGAUCCAUGACCUCAAGGACAUGUUAGAGGUGAAGGAACGCAAAGUUAAUGUCCUUCAGAAGAAGAUUGAAAAUCUCCAAGAACAGUUAAGAGACAAGGAGAAGCAGAUGAGCAGCUUGAAGGACCGGGUGAAAUCCUUGCAGGCUGACACCACGAACACAGACACUGCCUUGACCACGCUGGAAGAAGCGCUGGCAGAAAAG